UCGACUGUUUAAUCACAUAAAUACAUAUCUAAUAUACAUGUUUAUAGCACCCAGCGGGCUCCCAGAAAGGGUGUGGUGGCAUUCCCGCGGAGGAAGAUGAGCCAGCAUAGUCGUUCGGGUCAACGUCGGCAGACUGCCCAAAUGCCGUCCCUUCCUCCUGCCCCAAAACCCACGCCUCCGAGGCCAACUACAAAUCCACCACCACCUCCUCCGCCGAAGUCAGAUGCGGAGAGAGCUCAUCCUGCAGAAUCCCUUGAGGUACUGAGCCCGAUGCCAUCGACAGUGGCUGCGCGGGACAGCCGACGCUUCUGGGACCUGAAGAAGAGGCACCUCAUCCGGGUCUAUUCCCUGUUCUCCCUCCUCUCGGCACUCGCGGUCGCCCAGCUGGUGACCUUGCGGCUUCUCAAGCUGGACUUCAACGUCUUGAUAAGCCCCACGAUUCCCGGCUCCGUGUGGCUGCUCCUGGCACUGGGAAGCCUCCUCACCUUGGCCUUUGUGCACCUGGCCAGCCUGUGUCCGUGCAACUACAUCCUGGCCAUUGUCAUCAUGGAGAUGAUCGUGUUCUUCGUCAAUAGCCACCAGUGGCCGCGAGUGCCGACUGCUUGGAUAGGCGGUGUCCUGGCCAUCGUACUGCUCCUGAACCUCCUGCUCUUCGUGGUGGGCAUGUGUCUGCCACUGAAGGUGCUGCCGGGCAUCAUAUUCAUGAUAGUCGCCACACUAUGCUGUGUAGUGAUUGUCGUUUCGAUCUACGUGAUUGUGUAUCUGAACGGCAAUCGCUACAUGCUGCGUUAUGUGUCGAUGGUCAGUCUGUUCUACGUGGGCAGCCUCGUCCUCUUCACGAUCACCGUCGUCCACCAGCGGAGGUUUAACUACGUGGCCAAGACAGAUCAUGUCCUGCAGGCCUCCACCCUGGCCAUGCUCUUCGUCUACAUGAUUCAUGUCGUCUCCACUUUUGUGCGAUUCGGACAGUUUCUGGUUGACCAAGUCUAAAUUGUAAUUGUGAAAUGUAUUGCUUUAUUUUGAAAAUAGCAGACAUAAUAACCCUUUGGUUUUUUAUUAAAUAAAUUUAUAUUUUUAAAGGAAAA